AUGGGUGCAAGAUCUACAGAUUUUGCAAGGGUUUUGAAGUUUACGAAAGAGCUCUCACGGCAAAUGGUCAUAAUAGAGAGAUUACGUGAACCAGCUUGGAGUGGUAUUCCACCUUACAUGCGGCCUGAUGUAUGGAGACUUCUUCUGGGAUAUGCACCACCUAAUUCGGAUAGAAGGGAGGGAGUUCUAAGGAGGAAACGCAUUGAAUAUCUUGAUUGUGUUGCUCAAUUUUAUGACAUUCCAGAGACUGACCAUUCAGAUGAUGAGAUAAAUAUGCUUCGUCAGAUUUCUGUUGAUUGUCCUAGAACUGUACCUGAUGUUGCCUUCUUUCAGCAAGCACAAGUUCAAAAGUCCUUGGAGCGCAUUCUUUAUACAUGGGCCAUUCGGCAUCCUGCAAGUGGAUAUGUGCAGGGGAUAAAUGAUCUAGUUACACCCUUUCUGGUUGUCUUCUUAUCAGAGUACUUAGACGGGAGCAUAGAUAGUUGGUCAAUCUCUGAUUUAUCUUCGGCGAAUAUCACCAACAUAGAAGCCGACUGUUAUUGGUGCUUGUCACAGUUGCUUGAUGGCAUGCAAGACCAUUACACCUUUGCUCAACCAGGAAUCCAGAGGCUUGUAUUCAAGCUUAAGGAAUUGGUUCGGAGAAUUGAUGAACCUGUUUCUAGACAUGUGGAGAAUCAAGGACUUGAGUUUCUUCAAUUUGCUUUUCGCUGGUUCAACUGUCUACUGAUACGUGAGAUUCCUUUCCAUCUAGUAACCCGUCUAUGGGAUACGUAUCUUGCUGAAGGCGAUGCACUCCCUGAUUUUCUUGUGUACUUUUUUGCCAGUUUUCUUUUAACGUGGUCAGACGCACUUAAGAAGCUUGAUUUCCAGGAAUUGGUGAUGUUCCUUCAACACCUUCCAACUCACAACUGGACAUAUCAAGAGCUUGAAAUUGUGCUUUCUAGGGCAUAUAUGUGGCACAGUAUGUUUAACAAUUCUCCCAGUCACUUGGAUAGCUAAACCCCCCUAACAUUUCAUGUUUACUAUUUUAUUGAUAAAUUUAUAUUUGUUUUGUUGAUCAAAAAGUGGUUUAAAAGUGAGCAAUUAAUGCUCAGGGUUUUUGUUUUCAGGUAGAGAGGCCUAGAAAUGUUAUUUCUUGUAUUUUGGCUUCUAAUGUCUCAUAUUUGUAAUACCUAACCAACACUCCUUUGUACAUCUAACUUGGACUUAAGAAAGGGCACUUGUAUAA